CUUUCACAAUUUUUUUAAUUUUCAUUGGCAACAAGCAACGCAAAUCCCACAACACCAACCACAACCACAAACAGCACCCAGCACCUGUAGUCCCUCACAAGCUCGCACGACCAAACACCACAGCACCACAGCACCUCAACACAGCACACCAGCCGGCCAGUGAUGGCUGCAGAACUGACAGAGGAGGAGCGCGAACUCCUUCUCCAGAAAAAGGUGCUCGCAGAUCAGGAGAAGGAGAAGCGAACAAACAUCGCCACCAAGUUUCUCAAGGAGAAGCUGGCUCAAGAGGAGAAGAAUGCGCGCAUCAGCUUGAUGAAGAUCAACGCGCAAUGGCGACAGAUCAUGCGCGAUGCCAAAGCGGAUGAGAUUCGCAAGGAGCUUGAUAUCCUGUCGCAGGUUUUUGAGCGUGUGCUGGAUCGAAAAGAGAGCGUCAUCCAGUCUUGUCUUCGCGAUCUUGCAGAGGCUGAGCAACAGGAGCAAAUCACAACCAGAUCACACAUUGCCAACAUCGACAAGCUGAUUGACUUCCACCACGAAGUAGUUGAGCAGCUGCACCGCGGGUUCAAGGAAGAGCUGGAGGAACUGCGCCAGGAGUUUAUGCGAGAGCGGCGGCUGAUACUGGAUCAGCACGAGCGCGAGAUGACCGACAUCAAGGACAUUGUCUACGCCCUCCAGAUGCUGUAUGAGGACCGGUCGCAGGUGAACGAGAACGACUUCAACAGCCGGCGCGACGAGAUGCGCACCAAGAACCUCGAUGCGCGGACGACGCUGAAGGCGAGCCUCGAGUCGCGGCACAAGGACGUGUGGGACACGUUUGAGCAGGCCAUGAAGCAGUACGAGUCCUCCACGGCGGACAAGAGGGCCGAGUUUGAGCGCCUGCGCGAUCGCGACCGAAACGCGGCGGACCAGAUUGAGCGCAACAUGAAGCGGCUGCAGAAGCUGCAGGAGCGCAUCUCGAGCUUCAAGCAGCGGCUGCAGCAGAACGCAAAGGGCACGCUCGGCACAAACAGUGAGCUGCGGCGGGAGAAGGAUGCGAUCCGGAAGCAGGUGCACCAGCUCAAGCUGCACAUGAAACGCUCAAACGAACGCGACAAGCGCGCCCUCGUCACCAUCGCCGCUCAGGGGAAGGAGUGCCAGACAAAGCUGCAGAACAAACUGGAAAAGGCCAAGAAGGUGUUGUCGCUGGCGGAGGUGUGCAGCAAGAUGGAGACGGAGGAAGAGAAGGUGUUGCCGUUUUACCGGAGCACAAUCACAGACGAGCAGGUGGAGCAGGAGAUGGCUGCACACCAAGCAGAGGCUGGCCCAAGCAGCGCGGACGUGCGGGCCAUUGAGGGCAAGCUGGCGCCCGUUCGGGAGGAGGAGGAGGUGGAGGAGGAGAUGAAUGAGACUCAAGGCAGUGGCGACGCAGCAACGCAACAACAACAGCAGCUGCAGCAGGAGGAGGAGGAGGAGCAGGAGCAGGAGCAGGAAACAAGGCAGCAGGAGGGAGCGGAAGCAGAGCCGGUGCAAGGAGAAGCACAACAGAAGCAGCAGGAAGCAACACAGGGUGAGGGUGACGCUGGACAGCAGAGCCAGGCAGAACAAGCCGCGUGGGAGGAGCAGGGCGAGCUGCCCGGGCCGACGGAACUCCAUGCUGUCGCGUACAACCUGCGCAACAGACGCGUCAACACAUACGACGCCCUCCACCACUUCUGGAAGCGAUACAACAAGGUGCUGCUUGACAGAUUUGCGUUUGAGCGGGAGGUGUCGCAGUUGGAGGAGGAGAACGUGGAGCUUCGGACCAUUCUCAAGCAAUACCUCGACGGCAUUUCUGUCAACGAGGAAGUUCUGGAUGCAAACAACACCCUGCUCAUCGUCAACAACAAGACCAGCGCUCCACUGCGUGGUGUACCGGUUGGGGAUGCGCGUGUGCGUGGCGCUCGACCAAACGUGGUGGAGGCAGCAGAGGUCUCGCGCACAUACACCCGCAUGGCCACCAAGUAAAAAGCAGCAGCAACAACUGCACUCCUGCUUGCACUGAGUGUCCUUACCCCUGCAUCAACUUCCCCUCCCCCUCCUCCAUCAAUGUGCUUGCCUUGCCUGCUUGAUGCGAGCUUGAUGCGAGUGUCAUCACAUCAUGCGUUUGCACGCAAGCAGCACAACGACUGCCACCACCACUCGUAAAGAACAGCAUAAAAUGCCUGCAUGUAAUUUCUGGGGCAAUUUCCGUCAAUUUUCGAUGGUGCCACACCCCCUUCCUGGCAGCCAUUUUGUGGCCACUGCAACCAAUACAAGCAAGUAAGCAAG